UUUGCACAGAACGUCCGGUUUGGCAAGAAACACUGGACCAUCCAUCGCCGAUACAGAGAUUUCGCGGCCUUAUAUCGGGUCAUGCGACGAGAAUUUCCCGUUGACCAUCGCACAGAUUUACAACUGCCUCCGAGAAGAUUGGUCACUUUCAACAAAUUCGAUUCUGUCUUUUUAGCACGGAGAACGAAACAAUUGGAUUUGUUUGCCAAAACACUGAUCCGGAAUCCAAAUUUUCUUAAUCAUCCGCUUGUACUGCUGUUUUUCUCGACGUCGUGGACUUUGGUGUACAACUUCGAGGAUACAGAUGGGAAGGCCAAUGGAGAGUUAUUACAACCCAGAGGGGGGCAUGAGAGUGAAAGUCUGUCACCAAGGGAAAUGAAACGCUAUGUGGAGGCUACUCAGGGCAGUCGGAAGCUGUACGUUAAUGCGUCGAAGAAUAGUUCCAGUUCCGGAAGUAACACUAGGAGGGUGAAUGAUAUAAGUAAUUUAACCAAAAAGCGUUUGCUCAUGCGAAAACCCUCCGUCCCGUAUUUCCAUGAGCAUGUCGAACCGGUAUCGAUAGUCGAUGCUCACCCGAGGUUGCGAUUCUUGAGGGGUGAGAAGAAGAAGGUCAUUGCAAACAAGAGUAGAUCAGGUACGCCUGCUAGGGUAGUGACGGAAUAAGCCGCACAUGACAGUAUAAGUGUGCCUACAUGAAGAAAUAAGAGCGCGUGCGUGACAGAAUAAGAGUGAGGCUCAAAAGACGGUACCCAACUAUUGCUUCUGAUAUGCGGCGAAUGUCAACCACACGAACAAGUGUCUGUCAGGGGAUCCUCAGACUCGCAACUUAUUUGGUGACGAUAUGAGACGGGUGUUAUAUAUACAAACUACGACACAAUUGCCGUAUGAUUGGCAGAGUGAUAAGUAUACGGGGUACGAGGGUAAUGGCUAGUAUAGGCUACAGACACGCUACAGACAUGCUACAGACAUGCUACAGACACGAAGGCCUGGCGCGAUAACGAGAAAGUUUGUGCACCCAUUAAUGUGAAACCAUGGGAUUGGGUUUUGGGUCGUUGCAGCCUUUCAGCUUAAUUACAUACAUAUUCACCGUUAUGGUGGUGUAGAACAACGUUUUGACCAAAUAAGGAGACAUGAAGGUUCACAUUCAAGCCUCUCACUCCCGGACCGUAAGUAAAUACAUGCGUAAAAAAAUGAAUAAGCGCAAGAAAGAAACAAGCGAUUGCCCGAAGUAGACCUAUAAGCCGUAAAUAGAGAUGUUGCACAGUAGUCUCAAGAUGCUUAUAGUAGGAUCACACCCAGUUGUAAAAAUGCAAAUAAAGUUAAG